AUGAUUCUUGCUUUGCCGAAAGGGCGAAUCCUUAAAGCUUUGACUCCUGUUCUCGAAGCUACGGGACUGCUGAGCCAGCCCAGCCCAAUCGACGAGAAAACGCGAGCGCUGCGUUUCCCCUCGACGGAGAGUCAACUCGACAUUGUGAGGGUACGAUCGUUUGACGUGGCCACCUUUGUCGCAUUUGGAGGGGCCGAUAUCGGUAUUUGCGGCUCAGACGUUCUGACAGAGUUCGAUUACCCGGAAAUUUACGCGCCUCUUGAUCUUGAAAUCGGACAAUGUCGCAUCAGUGUGGCACGUCACCCUCGAGCAGGUUUGCGCGACGAAGCCCCCAGCUCGAAAAUACGCAUUGCCACCAAAUACCCGGUAACAGCUCGGGCACAUUUCGCCAGCCGUGGGAUCAACGCCGAGAUCGUGCAUCUUCAUGGCGCAAUGGAGCUUGCCCCCUCCCUGAAAAUGGCACACGCAAUUGUGGAUCUCGUUGACACCGGCACUACCCUGAAGGCCAAUGGGCUGGAGGAAACCGACGUCAUCGCCCACGUGUCUUCCCGGCUUAUUGUCAAUCGUAUCGCCAUGAAAACUCGCCCCCAGGCCGUCUCCGACCUCAUUGAUCGCUUCCGGAAAGGUUUACGGAGUCAGAAAAAGUGA